AUGGCACCGACCAUCGAGAUCUCCAUCCCAACAACAACCCUCUCGCAUACCUCUCCCCCACACACUCUCUACCAUAUCACCCUCCGCCUCCCACUCCGCUCCUUUACCGUUUCCAAGCGCUACUCCGACUUUGCAGCUUUCCACAGCAAUCUGGUCAGCCAAACCAACGCCGAGCCUCCUGUACCUCUCCCAUCUAAAUCAUGGUUCUCCAACACUGUCUCCAAUGAACGCUUCCGUGAAGAACGCCGUCGCGGCCUCGAGACAUAUCUCCGCGCCAUCAACGAGGCGUCCGAUGGACGAUGGCGCACUUCGUCUGCAUGGCGAGCUUUCCUGAACCUCCCGACCGCAGCAGCGAUCUCUACGUCGAUUGGAACGUCAAAUACAUCCUCCCGACUCCAUGCCGCCAUCACAGACCCCGGUUCAGCCGCCAACACCUCAAUUUCCGACCCAACGCUCUGGCUUGAUUACUACCGCGACAUGAAAUCCCAUCUUCACGAUGCACGGCUCCAGCUCUCCCGCCGCGACCAGGAGACAACACCCCAGAAACAGCACGAAAGCUCAGCACAAGCAAAAACUAGUCUCGUUCGCGCAGGGUCGAUGAUCACCACAUUAGAGGAAGGCUUGAAGAACCUCGGUGGCCGGGGCACCCAAGAAUCCUCCAAAUCGUCCACCUUGGGAGAGGGUGAGCUUCGCCGCCGCAAGGAUCUGCUCAUAAAUGCACGCAAGGAAAGGGACGGAUUGGAAGAUCUAUUACACGCCAUGGCCGCCAAGAGCCGGCUCGACCAGACUGUGGCCUCGGUUCAGGAUAAGGAGGCGCUCCUAAGGGCCAGCGAAGCGGAUGCAGCGAACGGCGGGCGUCGGAAUCCUGCGCGAUCCGGAAGAGUCCUCGGCAAAGAAACUGAGCGUACACGCGAGCUGGACAACGAAGGUGUGCUGCAGUUGCAGCAGCAGACGAUCAGGGAUCAGGAUCAGAGUGUGGAGGAGUUGAUGAAGAUUAUUAUACGGCAGAGGGAGCUGGGAACCGCUAUACAUGAAGAGUUGGAAAUACAGAACGAGCUGUUGAAGUUGGCGGACGAGGAUACCGACAGAUUGAAUGCCAAGCUCAACGUAAGCAAAAAGCGAAUCGACAAGAUUUCGUAA